AUGCAACACAGAUUUUUGAUCCACAAGAUUACAACUGUUCAGAACAACAUGAUUAUUUUGGGAGAUUUCAACUACAAGUAUGAGUCUCGCCGAUCUAAUGGAACAGUUGAAGCAACUACAGUCGAAUGGAUAGCCUUAUUGGAGGAACAUUUCAUCGAUUGCUUUUGGGAAAACAAGAGCGUCACUUUUCAUGGAUCCAACAAUCUCCAUUACAUCUUGGACUACAUCUUCUGCAACAACACUUCCUAUGGAACAGUUACAGAGUGUACCCAGGAGUUUAUGAACUCGACAUGGACAGAUCAUGAAAUGCUGGUCCUUACUCUACAACUGCAAAAGGAUGCAACACAGGGACCUGGCGCCUACAAAUGCAAUCCCUUUUUGGCCAACAACUACAAGUUUCGUCGUGAAUUGGUGAUCUUCUUGCAAGGUCUACAGCCGCAAGUUGAGCUCAAGACAGCCUCCCAAUCCCCUCAAGAGAUCUGGGACUGGAUCAAAGACGAGUUUAAGGAGCAUGUCCGACAAUUCCAACUGGAAGAAGUCAACUGGCGUAGAAAGGCACUGAAGACGUUACAAGCAAAACGGAAUCGGUACACCAUCAACCAACAAAUUGGUGCGUUACAAGACUCUAUCGCCGAAAUUGAAGUCCUCAAAUUAGGGCAGUAUUGGAGAGAAAAUGGAGAGAAAAAUGCUGGGUUCUUGAAGAAACUCACCCUAUCUAGACAGAAUCAACGUCAAUUGAAACAACUGAGGCAUCCAGUUACUCAAGAAUUGCAUUCUGAUCAAGGUACUAUGAGCGAGAUCGCUGGCAGCUUUUACACGAAUUUGUACACACCAACUCCACCCGAUGCCAGAUCAAUGCGGCUAUUGUUGGAUCAAAUCACAGCUGACAUGCAACUUGACGGUGAACAGCAAUCACUCCUCGAACUACCAGUAGAGCUAGAUGAUUUGUUGUUUGAAUGUAAAAGAUUGCCUAAAUUUGCGUCUCCUGGCAGCGAUGGCAUUCCUUACCAACUCCUCCGGCUGAUUCUCAAGCUCCCACCCCUCCACUCUCUCAUCACCACGGUCUACAAUGAUGCCCUCACCAAAGGCAUAUUUCCUGCGUCUUGGAACGUCUCCCUCAUGGCAAUCCUCUACAAAAAAAAUGACCCCAAUGACAUGGCAAAUUAUAGACCUAUCUCCCUCUGCAACACUGACUACAAACUCUUGACACGUUUGCUUAAUCAUCGAAUGAUGGAAGUCGCUAAACAACUGAUCAACGAGAACCAAGCGAGCUUCGUACCAGGGAGGUUCAUUGCCCAAAACGCUCUGCGGUGUCAGGUCAUAAUGGAAGAUGCUGAACGAACCAGGAACUUGGCCAAGAAGAACAAUGUGAUACACCAAAUGCCCAAAGCAAUUGGCCUUAGUCUUGAUCAGGAAAAAGCGUACGAUCGAGUUAACCUCUCGUACCUUCAAACUGCACUCAUUACCUAUGGCUUCCCUGUUAAUCUUGUCCGCUGCAUCAUCAACAUGAUGGGCCAAAAUCUCUUGCGCAUCAAUGUGAAUGGUUACUUUACCGAUGAUGUUCCCAAGCUGCGAGGCUUAAAGCAAGAUGACCCCAAUUUCCUCUAUUUUGUACAAUUUGGCUAUUGA